AUGGGUAAGCAUGUUGAAGAUUCAAAGCUUUGCAAUCCGAUAUCAACUGCUUACAAAUCCUUCCUCACUGAUACCUCAAUAGUGACAAGUACGCUUAUGGAAAUCGAAGCAACUCUGCGUCUUUUAGGAAAGCAAAAGUCAUUACUGCAAACCAACGGAGAAAAUUCUGAAUUGUUCUCUGCUACAGAGCCAAGUUUUGCCCUGUUCGCAGAUAUUAAAAGCGGUGUUUCAUCCGAGUAUGAGAGUGGCAGUUGCUUCAAUGAUGCUACUGAAAGGUCACCUAUGGUUGACGAUGGCCGGAGUUUAUCCAAGUACACAGUCGAUGACAAAUUACUCUCUUGCGAGACAAACAAAGAGUGCGAGAGUGAUGAAAAGCUUAAUCUGAACCAAAGUGUAAAUGAAAGUAACACCAACACUGCUUUUUCGAAAGACCAUUUGCACAGAGUCACAGAAAUGAAUGCAAGCACUAACCAGAUUACAAUUGACCGUGCAACAACUUUUGAAAUUUCAAUGGACUUUACCGUCACAGAUCAUCGUAAGACAGAACAAGCCAUCGCUGACCAAAGUACGACAGACGAUGCAGUAAUUGACCGGAGUUCAACAAAGCAUACAAACAUGCACCAAAAUACGGGAAAGAGCACAAUGGAUUAUACCAACACUGACCAUCCCAGCAUGGAGCAGAGCACAAUAGACUAUGCAAUGACUGACCAGAGUUCACGUAGCCAUGACAACAUCGACCACAACACAAUGGACUAUACUACCACCACCUGUCAAAGCACAAUGAACCAUACAACGACAUGGGACCAAAGUACGAACGAUCAUGCCAUCUCUGACCAGAUUACAGUGGACCAAGAAAUCCAUGAGAAUAAAAUGUUGGAUUCUGUUUUUGGUGAUCCGACUAGAACAAAAGCUACAGAUACAUGUACUGUGGCAGAAAGUGCAGUCGACAAUGCAUUUGAUGUCCGUAGAAUCGACAUUGGUAUGUGUGUCGAUAAUUUGGCUGAUUCCAGCAGCUUAAAAACUUCUGAACUAGUACCUGAUUAUAAUGUCAAUAGUAUCAGCAUUUCAGAAAGUAACUCAAAUCACGUUGAUCACAUGAAACAUGAGAACAGUCUUGGCCAGACUCCUCCUGUGGCUGAUAGUGCAAUCACUGAACGCACAGUAACCAGAGAUACAAAUCUCACUCAAAGUUCAACCGACAGUAUGUUAAAUGACGUCGCCAUGGUCAGCAUUGAUAACACUGAUGCCACUGUUAACCGUACUAGGUCAGAUGCCAACACAGGCAGCAAUGAAUGCGGUGCGGAAGAUAAGAGAACGUUAAUAACCAACAUUGAUAAAAUUAUUGUUGAACAUGUAAAAACGAAUCAUGACUGCACUGAGAAUACCGACAACACAUCAAAUCUGAGCACAGCCGAGUGCGACACGUCAAACCAUUCUUUCAGCGAUAAAAACACUACGGAUAAAAACGACGUUACAUUUGACAAAUGCGAUAUCGACAAUGAUAUUACGGGCAAACUCAGUCCAAUGAUGCAUGAUAUUAAGGACGAAACAUCAGAACAAGAUUUACGUUGCGUCACUAACGAUGAUAAAAGAGAGAAAGAUUGUUCUUGGCCGAGCAGGAACGAACAAAGCACAGCGAGUGUUAAUAACAACAUUUCGGACGACAAAAUCUCGAUGAGCCAAAGUGAGAAUAGCGAGUACAGUUAUUGCAAUUCAACAAAGUUGAGACAUACCACUGGUAACACAGAAAAUUUGGAAGAGGAAAAAACAAAUGAAAGGGGAAAUUGGAUCACAAUAUUGGAUUCCAAUAUAUCAAAUAAGAACAAACAAAUUACAACUAAUGACAGUGAUAUAGAUAUUUUGAAGUAUCACAGUACAGUAGACAGUUGUACAGACGAACAUCUAGAAACCAUGACCCACUCAAUUACAGACCCCAUUCCCGAUAACUCAGCUGAACACGCAAGCAUGAACGACAGUGGAAUUUCCACAUCAACAAAUUCGGCAGUUGACCGCUACCUUAGAAAAUUGGAAGCUCAAAUUGAUGCAGAAAAAUGGCAGGCACAACAAUAUAUUGAACAGAUUUCAAGACUGUGGGAUAGUCCGUUUUUAUGUAAAAAUAAAUAA